GCAGUGUCAGCAUUCCUCCAUAGCUCGGUUCACCUGGGGACUGAUUCCUCACUCUCUGCUUCCUCCUCUGCCACCCAGGCCCGGCCCAGGGAGGAGAGGAGGGAGGAGAAAGAGAAGAAGAGGAUCCAUCGCAACGCCAGUUUCCUGCCGCAGGGAGACCUGGCAGCAGAGAGGGUGAAGGAGAGACUGUCCCACAGUACCACCAGCAGCACCCACAGACCUCCUCCAGCAGGGAGCUACCCUGCCAAAGUUAACAGCUCCAACCUGCACACUGCCUCCUCCAUCUUCCUAGGCCACACCCACCACACCCUGGUUCCACCCAGUGCUACCAUGGCAACAUCGUACCAGCCCCGCCCAGCUCACACCCAACGAGUGAGAGCCCCGCCCAAAGACAACAUUCCAUUUGAUUACUACCCAGGUUACAUGAGCUGUUCAGUUUUCAUGGUACACCGUAAGUGCAAAUCACAAGAACUCGAGGAGAAGGGGACAAUAGUUACUAUUUCCCAGUCUUGCUAAACAGUGUUGUUGUCCUAAACUGUUGUCCUGUAGGUCACCUGCUAAACUCGACAGCUGCCUCGUCCUACAGAGCUCACCACGGAGACCUAAGACACAGUCUACCUCCUGCAACUCUGAGAAAUCUGAAAAUAUCUCACUGGUAGCUCAUCCAUGACCAGGACACCCAAUCCCCAGUAGUGCAGAGCUGAAAAAACUCUCC